CUUCCACUUCCGCUGUCAAGGUAAACCAGUGAGAGCUGCAGAUGGAGUCUAUAGAGGAAAUAGGUUUUCAUGGAGUUUAUUAAACCUGCUGGCAGCAGAACUGUUACAGUGGUAAAAACAGACCGUUUCUAGCCGGGGAUAUGCGAAGCUGAUACCGCGUCUCCCUGCUAUCUCUCCCUCUCUUGGAAAAGGCAUGCGUUACGGCGAGCACACAUGGUACAGCGAGGAGAGGAGACAAUAACUGGGAGGGGAGGAAAGAGCCGCCGACGCCACCGAACCCACAGCCGCCGCCGCAGCAGCAGCAGCUGAUCCCUCGAGCGUGCGAGUGAGCCAGGGAGGAGGCCCGGGCGAGAGCAUGGCCUUCCUCGACAACCCCGCCAUCAUCCUGGCGCACAUCCGGCAGUCGCACGUGACCAGCGACGACACGGGCAUGUGCGAGAUGGUGCUGAUCGACCACGACGUGGACCUGGAGAAGUGCCAGCCGGCGGCCGCGCCCGGAGGCGGGGGCGGCGCAGAGGUCCAGCGGGCGGCGUGCCCAGCUGUGCCCCAGGACACAGCCCCUGCGGUCGAUCGGGGGUCUGGUACUCCCGGCGUGCGGGAUAAUUCUGUGUCCCGGCCGGAGGAGGGGACACGUCUCUCUGGCCCCGCCGAGCUGCCCACGCGUGUGCGGGUGACGCAGAGUCGUCUGGAGCUCCGAGGGUUCGGCUUUCGUUGGGGACCGCGCCUCAGGAGCGAGCGCGCGCCCCUCUGUGCCGGUUUCCACGGGGCGUCUCAGCCCCCCCCGCCGCCUCUGGAGCUGCGUGGAGAUGAAACCCUGGAGCGGCGCGGCUCAAAGUCUCUCCCCUUUCCCCACUUCACUAGUGUGCGUGCGUGCGUGCGCGGGGUAAACGGCAGGCUGCGCGGUGUCCAGCGGCCCACCUCGCUCUCGGUGUCCCCCCUGCGUGCUCUUCUGCUGCUGCUGACGAGGAGCUCGAGAAAAGGGGAGCUGUCAGUGCUGAAGGGUUUUUCGGAGAGCAGGGAUCAAGGCAGAGGGGAGCUGGCAAAACGGGCAGAGCCCGUCUACGGAUUACCGCAAACGCCUGGGAAGUCGUCCUUCUGCAAUCGUAUUGACCUCGCCUUGCUUGCAGAAGCCGGCGGACAGGGUUCAGGACUCCAGUGCAAACUGCUGCAAGUGCAGCACAGCAGCGCCUUGCCGUUGCGAAACUGCGUCCUCAGUCAGUCACCAUCGUCCUCGGCGCACAGGCCGGCCAUCAGCGACUCUGUGCAGCAGCUGUCCGUCUGGACAGUGCUGAAACUGAUGCACGAUGGCCCUGAGCUUGCGAACACUUUUUUUUUCCGGCAGUCGCUCACAGAGAUGACUGCAGUCCCUCCCUGGCGAGCCUGCCUCCGGAAGGGCCGCGCUCUGUACCGCGGCCUUGAUUCCCCGGAGGAAGGCACGUCCUUGUUUUAUUCAGGUGGAGCUGCUGCGCGUCCUGCUUCUGGGCUCUGGUCCACGGGCGCGGACCAGCCUGCUCCUCCCUCGCUGCCCUGCGCCUCCCGGUCGGGGGGCUUGGCGUCCUUCGGUGUGCCGAGACUCCUGAUAGAGUCAAGCAGGGGAGGCCGACGGGCCAUCUGGAAUCGCGCGUCCGGAUCCUUCCCGCGCUUCCCGACACAUUGUUGUUAUCCGGAGCGGCAGUCCCAAUGUGACGGACAAGCAGGACGCGUCCCUGCGAUGAGCUGGCGUUGGGGUGUAGUGCGAUGCCUGGUGCCGUUUUCUCACUCGAACCUUUUCAUUUCCUUUAAAGCUCAGAGGCUUGAAAGGCUCAGGAAGGAACGACAGAACCAGAUCAAAUGCAAAAACGUUCAGUGGAAAGAAAGGAGCUCAUCUCACUCGGACCUGGGCUCCCUGUUCGAGAGGAAGGAUUUCAAGGACAGGCCGCGGAGUGGCGGGAAGCAGUCGGCCCUGUCCCUGCGGCUGGAGCAGUGCCCGCAGCAGCUCAACAACCCUUUCAACGAGUACUCCAAGUUCGACGGCAAGGGCCACGUAGGUACAACAGCAACCAAAAAAAUUGAAGUCUACCUCUCAAUGCAGAGCGUGCAGGAGAAGCCUCACCCCAUGACUGUGGUCACCAUGGCCAACGCCAGAGUGCACGACCUCAUCGGGCUCAUCUGCUGGCAGUACACCAGCGAGGGCCGGGAGCCCAAGCUCAACGAGAACGUCAACGCGUACUGCCUGCACAUCGCCGAGGACGACGGCGAGGUCGAUACGGAUUUUCCGCCUCUGGAUUCCAACGAGCCCAUUCACAAGUUUGGCUUCAGCACCCUGGCGCUGGUGGAGAAGUACUCUUCACCCGGGAUGGCAGCAAAACAGUCUCUCUUUGUGCGGAUCAACGCUGCUCAUGGGUUCUCUCUUAUUCCUGUGGACAGCUUGAAGGUAACCAUGAAGGAGAUCCUGCAGAAAGCGCUCAAGAAGAGGAAGGGAUCUCAGAAAGGCUCGGGUCCCCAGUAUCGCUUGGAGAAGCAGAGCGAGCCCAAUGUGGCUGUGGAUUUAGAGGGCACGCUGGAGAGUCAGAGCACUCUGGAGUUCUGCCUGGUCAGGGAAAACAGCUCCCGUGGGGAGGAGAGCUCGGAAGAGGACCCCCCUAUCGACAUCACCGCGGUGCAGGACAUGCUCAGCAGCCACCACUACAAGUCCUUCAAGAUCAGCAUGAUCCACAAGCUCCGCUUCACCACCGACGUGCAGUUAGGUAUCUCUGGGGAGAAGGUGGAGAUCGACCCUGUGACAAACCAGAAGGCCAGCACCAAGUUCUGGAUCAGACAGAAGCCCAUUUCCAUCGACUCGGACCUCCUCUGCGCCUGCGACCUUGUGGAAGAGAAGAGCCCCAGUCAUGCAAUAUUUAAGCUCACAUAUCUCAGCAAUCACGACUACAAACCUCUCUACUUCGAAUCCGACGCUGCUACCGUCAACGAGAUCGUGCUGAAGGUGAACUAUAUCCUGGAGUCGCGAGCCAGCACGUCGCGGGCGGACUACUUCGCCCAGAAGCAGCGGAAGCUGAGCCGCCGCACGAGCUUCAGCUUCCAGAAGGAGAAGAAGAUGGGCCAGCAGUGACGCCGGUUCCGUCUCGGCACCGCGGGGAGCCCUGUCCACUAGAGGGCGCUCAAGAGGGGACGGGCCCUCGGGCAGGCCGAGCUCAGCCGGCUGUGGCGACACCAGGCCGGACCGAGGGAGCCAGUCUCGCCAAACCAAGAGCUAACAAACCUCACGCCACGGGUGCCCACUUCGCCACGAGGGGCUCUCCUCUUCAGCCAUAUCCAGAGCGUCGCAGAGGAAACUGCCAGGCGCCGCCGGAACCACAAAUACUGUUCGGACUCCUUCUCUGAGAUCGCGGAGGACGCAAAGCUUUGUUUCGUUUCGUUUUUUGUUGUUUUUCUUCUUUCUUUUUUUUUUAUACCGCUGAUUUCUGAGGAGUGUUGAGGACUGUAAAAAGACACACACACAAAAAAAAAAAAAAGGUCUGUGAGCGAUCGCCCCAGUUGGUCAACAAAGCUUCUUGUACAGCCAGUAGUACAGAAACGUGUUCCGGACAGGACGAGAGAAGACUGCUCCCCACUUUUCCUGUCUUAAGGUAUUAAGGUGUAAACUUUAUCAGGGUUUGUGUGAUGCAGAAAGGGAACAUCCUUCUUGCGUUUUUAUUUGUAUAUAGCGAUCGCAUUCAGGGUUACUUCAAUAAUACAACAAACCUGCGCUGGCCAUAGCUCUUCAGUGCCUCAAACUGUGUGAUAGGAUAUAAAUGCGAGAGUUUUACAGAUGUGCUGUUGUAUUUUUUUUAAUGCUCCUACCUAGGACUCAAAUUCAGUACCAAACUCCCAAAUCUUAGAUAAAGCUUUCACCUUAAUUAUGUAUGGAAAAUACUUUUAACAGAACAUUUUUUUUCCUUGGCUGGUGAAAUAAAGGAUUUUUACAACCAGAGAAAUAAAUACCUGUACUUUUUACUGUGAUCUUAUAAAACGUUUUCUGCAUUGUUACCUGUAAACUGUAAUAUAUUGAAAAAGCACUGUCUGUUAAACAGAUUGAAGCUGACACUUGUUCAGGCUGUCCAGUCAGAGACAGUUAGGGAAUGUAUAACGUUUUUACAAGUUUUUUGUUCUUUUUGUUAAUGUGAUAAAAUUUCUCCCAUUUCCAGAU